ACGGCUUAUGCAGAGGAGUACAGCUUUGCAACAGGGUCGCUCAGGGCGCUGGACGUCAAAUCCAACGUCUUCUGCUCUGCGGGAGCCAUAGACCCAUAUGGUCGGCUGAUCAGCAUCGGAGGCACAUCAGACGCCAAUGCCACCAACCUGGCCGACCCUCUCCUCGACGGAUCUGCCUCCAUCCGCUCCUUCACCCCCUGCCCCCCUGCUACUGCUGCCCCCGCUGCUGCUGCUGCUAGUAGUGCCAAUAGCAGCAGCAGCAACGGCGGCGGCAGCAGUAGCAGUGGGGGGUGUGAUUUCUCCCUGGUGGGACAGAUGACCUCCAAGCGGUGGUACCCCACGGCCCAGCUCUUACCAGACGGCCGCAUCUUCAUUGUGGGAGGGGCCAACGUGUUUGGCAACGUGGCGAUCAAUUCGGUUCAAAACAACAACCCCACCUUCGAGUUCUGGCCCAGGAAGGACGGAGAAGGCAACUACAAGCUUCGCUUUCUGGAAGAAACUUUGCCGUACAACCUGUACCCGUUUGUGCACCUGCUGCCUUCAGGGCAUCUGUUCAUAUUCGCGGGGCAACGCGCAAUCCUCCUCAACUACACCACCAACACGGUGUACCGCACCCUUCCUCCUCUCGAUGUCUCUCGCUUCGGCCCAGCCAACACCAACAUCUUCCGCUCCUACCCUGUCACCGGCUCCUCAGCCAUGCUACAGCUCUCCUCAGCUGACGGGUACAAGCCCAGGAUUCUCAUCUGUGGCGGCAGCAGCAGCAGUGCGGACCUCACCAACCGGGACAACCGUACGGGGGCAUGCCUUGGGUGUGCAGCCCCUGCCGCAGCCACGUGUGGGCUCAUUGCGCCCAUGGACGCCAACCCCACAUGGAGUUAUGAAAUCAUGCCUGUAGCACGUGUUAUGCCGGAUGCCGUGCUCCUAUUGGAUGGCACGGUUCUGAUCUGCAACGGAGGCAGGAGGGGCUUUCAGGGUCUGAAGCAAACGUAUGCGGGAGGGGAAGUGAGGACACCUGUCAUCUACACCCCCUCUAAUCCUCCUGGCAAGCGCUUUUGGCAGGUCCCAGAGUCGAGUCGCUACGCUCGCAUGUACCACUCCUCUGCUCUGCUGCUGUGGGACGGCUCGGUGCUGAUUUCUGGGUCUAAUCCCAACGACCGCCUCACUACUAGGGGAACUUACCCUACUCAAUUCGCCGUUGACCGGUUUGCCCCAUCGUAUCUGCAGUGGGGGGUGCCGAGAAACGUGCUGUGGAAGGUACCCUCAACCAUUACCUUGAAUACUCUCUUCUCAGUCCGCCUCAAUACAACUGUAGCAACUCCUUCAUCGCUCCCGCGCCUUAUCGAUCGCUUCCGUGCCGUGCUUGAGAUCGCUGUUCUUCCAGCAGCCGCAGCCAUGUCGUCUCUAGGCGCAUGCGCGUUCCGAUUCGCGCGGCGCUUCGUGGUUUUCUCGCUGGUUCUGGCGUCUCUCGCGUGUAUCGGUCAAGCGAGCGAAGAUCUGGUCAUCGUCAGGGUAGAUCGUAAGAUCGACCUUCAGACCCAUCUUGUCCGCAAUUCCGCGACCCUCAAGGUGGAGAACGCGGGCUCGACACCUGUCUCUUCGGUCACCCUCGCGCUGCUCGUCCCGCCGCCCGGCCGCCUCGCCUUCGCCACGGCCGUUCUCCUUCAGGGCAAGGCCAAGAGCCGCACCUUCCAGGAACUUCCCCUCACUUCCACCACCCCGGACUCCCCGGUCGAAAACGCGAUCUACUUAAAAGCCCAGCUGCCCGCGCCGCUAGAACCCGGGAAAACCGCGCAGAUAGAGUGUUACUUCGUGGUGAUUAACGCCCUCACGCCUCACCCAGCGGCAAUCUCCCAGGCGGACCCGCAGCUGGUGAUUUUCCACGACUCGCACUACUUCACCUCUCCGUACCCCGUCCGAUCGCAGAGCACCGUUCUCCGCCUCCCCAGCCACCAGAUCGAGUCGUUCACGCCGCUGGAACCUUCCAAGAAGGCGGACUCGGAGAUCAAGUUGGGACCGUAUGAGGGUGUGGAGGCCGGAGCGGUGUCGGCGCUAGCGGUGCACUAUGAGAACAACCGGCCGUUCCCGCUGUUUGAGCGCGCGGAGCGGGAGUACGAGAUCUCGCACUGGGGGAAUGUGUAUGUGACGGAGGACUAUCACCUGGUGCACUCGGGGGCGAAACACACGGGCAUGUUCUCCCGUCUGGACUACCAGCACCGGCCCAUGGCCAUUGGCGUUUCUUCCCUGCGCGGACUCAUGGCAGUGCUGCCGGAGAGGGCGCACACGGUGUAUUACAGGGACGAGAUCGGGAACAUCUCCUCCUCGCACCUCCGAUACCCGCCCAGAAAGGCCGAGCUGGAGAUCGAGCCUCGGUACCCGCUCCUGGGCGGGUGGUCCGUGACGUUCCGAGUGGGGUACAGCGUGCCUCUGGGCGACCUGGUCUCCAUCAGCACAGACGGCACUCGCAUGCUCAACGCCACCCUCGGCAGCCCCUUUGCUGACGUGCCCGUCAAGCACCUCACUGUGAAGGUGGUGCUUCCAGAGGGAUCCUAUGGCAUCUCUGCGGAUGUGCCCUUCCCCGUGGGCAAGAGCACCGAGACCAAGUACUCAUACCUGGACACGGUGGGGCGCCCUGUGGUGGUGCUGGAUAAGAGGGACGUGGUGCCAGAGCAGGGGAUCAUGCACUUCCAGGUGAAGCACAAGUUCUCAAAGGUGGCCCUCCUGACCGAGCCGCUGCUCCUCAUCCUCUUCUUCCUCUUCUUCCUCUUCUUCCUCCUCUUCCUCCUCUUCCUCCUCUUCCUCUUCUUCCUCCUCUUCCUCCUCUUCCUCCUCUUCCUCCUCAUCCUCUUCUUCCUCUUCUUCCUCCUCUUCAUCGCCUACACCCACUCCAAUCUCAUUAUCUCCAAAACCGCCCCUCUUUCCCUCUCCCCCUUCCCUUCCCUCCCUUGCCCUGCCCUGCCCUGCCCUGCUCUGCCUUUUCGCCCCUCCCCCCAUCAGGUGAAGUACAAGUUCUCCAAGGUGGCUCUCCUCACCGAGCCACUCCUCCUCAUCCUCUUCUUCUUCCUCCUCUUCCUCCUCUUCAUCGCCUACACACACUCCGAUCUCACCAUCUCCAAAACCGCCCCCGCCUACCUCGCCAAACUCCACCACGAGGAGUUUCUCGAUCUCAUCCAACGGCUCUCGCGCCUCGUGGCCGAUCGUGCGGCCCAGAUCGAGUCUCUGGACGCAGGGCUGCUGAAGCUGGGGAGGAGUGGGGAUGUGGCAGGGGCGAAGGCGGGGAGGAGGAAUGUCGAGGCUGAGUUGAAGGAGAGUGGGAGGGAGAUCGCGUCUGUCGUGGGGAAGAUCGAGGCUCUCCCCAAGGUCCCUGCUGGUCCUCUGCGCACUAUUGCGUCUGUGGUGGGAAAGAUCGAGGCCCUUUCUAAGGUUCCUGCUGGUCCACUGCGCACUGUAAGUACUCCUUAUCCCCCCUCCUUCCUCUUGCAAGCUUCCCACCUCGCUAUCCUACUUUACCCACGUCCCAUCAUCCCUCCUCCUUGGGAGGGAGAUCGCGUCUGUGGUGGGGAAGGUCGAGGGGCGGGGGAGGAGGGCGGUGGAGGGGUAGUUGAAGGAGAGUGGGAGGGAGAUUGCUUCUGUGGUGGGGAAGAUCUAGGUUAUUUCCAAGGUUCCUGCCGGUCCCCUGCGCACGGUAAGUCUUGUUCUCUUACCCUUGCUGAGCUGAAGGGGAGUGGGAAGGAGAUAGCGUCUGUGGUGGGGAAGAUUGAGGUUCUUUCCAAGGUUCCUGCCGGUCCCUUGCGCACUGAAAGUCUGCUUCCUCGCUUCCCUUUCCCCCCGUUUCCACUCUUUCCAUCUUACUUGUUGCACCCAUCUUGUUUUGAGUCGACUCAAAACAACGCUUCCUCGCUUCCCUUUCCCCCAGUUUCCACUCUUUCCGUCUUACUUGUGCAAACCCUGGUUGCAAAGGAGAAGGAGCGCGCAGAGAGGGCGGUGGCGAAGCACACUGUAGCGGUGGAGGCAUACGAAAAGAAGACUUCUGCCAAGGAGAUCGACGCUAAGAUCGGCCCGAUGCAGCAGCGACUGGCGGCUCUGAAAGCAGAGAUCAAGGAGCUGGUGAUGGCUCUGGAGGAGUGA